CUCGAAUCACACGUUCCUUUACAUGAAAAUCAGCUACACUAAGCACCAAGUGUUUAUCGCUUCAUCCAUACUUUUGAUUCACUCCCACGUGACAAGCUAUCAACAUGUCAGCUUCGCAGCUGCCGCCUCUGCCACUGUCAGACGGCAUCACCGAAAACUAUGUUCACUGCCCAUCCAACGGACUCACUUUUCACGUAAUCGAAGCUGGCUACACGUCAAGUCAACAUAAACCUCUCAUCGUUCUCUGCCACGGUUUUCCCGAACUCGCCUUCUCCUGGAGAAAGAUAAUGGUGCCUUUAGCAGACGCCGGCUACCAUGUCGUUGCAUUCGACCAGCGAGGCUACGGAAGGACAACUGGCUGGGACAAUUCAUCAUUCAUCAAUACCAACUUGUCGCAAUUUGCUAUGACUAAUGUCGUCCGCGACGUGGUUACCCUGGUCAACGCCUUGGGCUAUCGCCAAGUCAAGUGUAUCGUCGGUCAUGACUUCGGAGCUGUGACUGCUAGCAUGUGCGCUUUGAUGCGCCCGGACUUUUUCAAGAGCGUUGUAAUGAUGAGCCAUCCAUUCAAGGCUCCUGAGCCCCUUCCGUUCAACACAGCUCGAGCUGAGCGCCGAAUGGACGCCUCUGCACCGCCACUUGAUAUCCAUGCUGAGCUGACGAGCCUAGCUGAGCCAAGAAAGCACUACAAGUGGUACAACAGUACUAGUGUAGCAGCACGAGACUGGGCAAACCCUGCCCAAGGUUUGCAUGAAUUUCUAAGAGGAUACAUUCAUGUCAAAUCAGCCGACUGGAAACAGAAUGAACCUUACCCCUUGGAGAGCUGGACAGCCCAAGAGCUGGCAAAGUUACCCUUCUAUUACAUUAUGCCGAUACGCCUAUCCAUGCCCGAAACUAUUGCUAACAUGAUGACUGGCCAGGACAUGUCGGCGACCAAGUCAUGGAUGCCCGACCGGGACCUUGCGGUUUACGUGGAAGAAUGGUCGCGAACAGGCUUCCAGGGUGGCCUCAACUACUACCGCAUAACCACUGAUCCAGAUCGUAUGAAGGAUCUAGAGCUUUUUGUAGGCAAGAAAAUUGAGUGCCCUAGCACCUUCAUCUCAGGCGCAAACGACUGGGGGAAUUAUCAGCAACCCGGGGCCAUUGAGUCCUAUCCAGAUUCUUGUUCCGACUUCCGAGGAAAUCAUUUCAUCAAAGGCGCAGGUCACUGGCCGCAGCAAGAGCAGCCAGCGAAGGUCGUGCAAGAGUUACUGGCGUUUCUCAACGGUCUCUGAUGCUGCUGCACUUUCUGUCUGUCUGAUUUCCGUUCAAGGUUACAUUCACAUCCAACUCUCUAUCUAUGCAUUGUACGUCGACUAUGUCAACUGCAUGCACAGACCAAAAGUCUCUUUGGGCCUAGGCCAGCGCGGUGACCCUGAGGCUGUUUUGCCACACCGCCCUUACUUGACAAGCCCCGUCAUUUCAUGGCCGCCACCUUGUGCUCGGGUUUGAGAUACCAGAUCUAAAGUCUUCGCAUCAGCCUCCGACGUUCACUUACCACUCACCAAAUUUGCUCAGCCACUGAGGUCAAUGGUGUCCGUGCUCCAGCGCAUUCGCCUAAAGCGAUAAAUGCGGUAGUAUGCUUGUCUAGUCUACAUGAAUCCUACUAUACUCUGCAUUGCAUGUUAUCUAUACGUCUGACACGAGAGUCUAUUUCGGUUGGUUUAUUGGCCCUAGGGACAUCAUAAUAACAACAACAACAAAUCCAAACAAUCUACCAAUUGCGACAGAGAGC